AUCAAACAUGGCCGAAAAUUGAAAUAGCGAAAGCCCGGUCUCUAUAUAUCUCUCACUCUCAAACAGUUGCUUCAAUUCACAUUUUCAUCAUACCAUAAGCAAGUAAGCUUUAGUGAAUUAGGGUUUUAAGAGUUUUUUUUCACAAAUAAUGGAAGGAAAUAGGUCUAACGAAAUGGAUUCUAUCACCGCCGGUGUGGCGGCGGCGGCGGCCGCCCCCUAUCAGCAACUAAACUACAAUCUAAGCCGCGUCCAGGAGGCAUUGGAGCAUUUGGCAUCUAUAGAUUUGAUUGAGCUGUGCAAUGAAGCCAAAAUUGAACGCUGUCGGGCAACAAGAGACUUAAGAAGCUGUGGCCGCUUCGUUGAAAAUGUAUUGAAUACGUGUGGGCAUGCAUCUUUGUGUACAGAAUGUUGUCAGCGGUGUGAUAUUUGUCCAAUUUGUAGAGUUCCAAUAACAAGAAAUGGAAACAAACUUCGACUUCGUCUGUACUAUGAAUGCAUAGAAGCUGGCCUCAUUUCGAAGAAGUGUGAUGACAGGUUUCAGGAGAAAGAAGGUGGGGAGAAACAGCUAACUGCUGAUAUUGAACGACUCUAUUCCUUGUUUGAUGUUGCUAUGGAGAACAACUUGGUCUCGCUUAUUUUCCAUUAUGUUACAGAUGUUUGCAUGGAUGAAAGUGCUGUAUCCAGUGAUCCCGUCAUUGCUUUUUUAUUGGAUGAAGUAGUUGUCAAGGAUUGGUGCAAGAGAACAUUCAAGAAUAUUCUUUCUGAACUGAAAGGCAUAUACGAUCGUGCAACAAAGGAAAUGAGAACAAUGUUAAGUUCACUUCUAAAGAUUUCAGUGAAGCUGACUGGGGUAUCUGGAGUUAUUGAAGUUUUAGAAUCAUCAUUUAAGGGGACCCUUUCAGCACAGGUUCAUGACCUGCACCUGAUGCAGGAGAGCAUAUUAAAGACAAAGCAGCACAUGGAAAUGAUGAUAUGGUGCAUAAGGCAUGAUUUUCUUGAGAAUAUCAAGCAUCGUUAUAGUGGUUUUGCGUCAUGGCGUAAUUCUGUCCGUGAAAGGAAAGCAGCUGCCACUAGGCGAUCAUGGCCAGAAUCAUUGAAUAUCUCUGCAGAUUCCUCGAGAAAUGGGAGUGGAACUCUUUUUAUUGAAGAUGCUCUGUCAAAUGUGGAGAUAGAACAAAGUUACACACUUGGGAUUGGCGGGGACUUAGAAAUUGCAGCCUUGCAAAAGGAUGGAAGCUCUUCAUUUUUCAGGUCUAAAAUAGAGGGUAUGGCCGGAUGCUAUCCAUUUGAGAAUCUUCGAGCUGCUGCUGAUAUACUCUUUUUACAUGGGAGUUCUGACCUGGUGGUUGCAAAGCAAGCAAUAUUUCUCUAUUACUUGGUUGAUAGACAUUGGAAUAUGCAAGAUUCUGAAUGGAGACUCAUCAUAGAUGACUUUGCUGCUACAUUUGGGGUAACCAGGCAUUCAUUACUGGAGUCUUUUGUCUUCUAUAUGCUGGAUGACCACACAGAUGAAGCCAUGCAAGAAGCAAUCCACCUUCUUCCAGAAAUCUCAGGCCCAACAACUCAUCCUAAAGUUGCACAUGUUCUUUUGGAACGUCAAAACCCUGAUGCUGCUCUUUUGGUGUUGAGGGGGUGUGGGCGUGAUGGAACACAGUUGGUGUCACUUAGUGAAGCAGUUACCGUUGUUCGUGUCAGAGUGGAGUGUGGACUUCUAACUGAGGCAUUUAUGUACCAAAGAACUCUUUGCCUGAAAGUGAAGGAAAUGAACUUGAAGAAGAAAGGAUCUCUUAAGAAUGAUUCAGAUACAUUGGAGGAUGAGUGCGAAAAUUGGAUGUUAUGGCUGGAGACAUUGGUGACUGAAAUUUGUUAUCUGUGUAUUAGGAGGAACUUGGUGGAUCGAAUCAUUGAACUUCCAUGGAAUGCUGAUGAAGAAAAGUUUAUCCAUAAGAAUCUCUUGGAUUUUGCUGUUGAUAACCCCUCAACAACGUUUGGGAGUCUCCUUGUGGUAUUCUAUCUACAGCGAUAUCGGUAUGUUGAGGCUUACCAAGUAGAUCAGAAACUCAAGAGAUUGGAGGAGGAAUUCAUUUCAACUAAUUCCCUUACUGAAGAAGUUUUGUCCCGAAUGGCAUCAUUGAGCCAAUGGAGAUCUGGUUUGGUUGAAAAAGGCAUAGAAUUGCUACCAACCAUUCAACAACAAGAAGUUAAGGAUGGAAAACUAACAGAAACAGCAGUUACCUCUCCUUCUAUCCACAAUACUAUCAUUCCUCCAAAAACUGAUUUUCCCGAAGCAGUCCAGAGAGAAACCCCAACUAGCUUCUUAUUUCCUUCGUCAAUAACAACUCCAUUAAAACCUGACAACAACACUAACCAAGCUAUGAAUUCUUCUCCGUCUAUAUUAUUGAGCGGAAUUUCCACCAAUUUCUCUCCCUCUUUUCUGCAAGAGGAGAGCCAUUUAUCUAAUAAUACUGGAACUCUGAAGUCCCUAAACAGUAACAGAAAGAAGUUCAAACUUGUUGAUAUUAGAUCAUCUGGUUUUCGUCAAGUUAUUAACUCAUCAGUCAAAGCCCACACCCCUUUAAAAGAGUUCAACAGAAGUUCUUUGAGAGUUGCUCGAGAUUUCGACUAUCAAACUGAUGAAGCGUCGUCGGAGAAGGACCAGAAUGGGUUUUCCGGGAGAUUAAAUCAUGGCCGCACAUCUGAUCAACCCGGAAAAUCUUGGAAGUUGGAACAAUCUAAUGAUGCCAUGGAUGUUUGCUUGAGUAGUGGAAACAAGGAGGAUGGAUAUGUGAAUGGAGGACCCAGAUGGAGGUCUGAUGAUACGAGUGAAGACGAACUCGAUGAAAGUCCUGACGGAUAUUCAGGUUCAGCUUAUUAUGCAACGCCUUUAACCGGAUCAAGAAGAGGCCGUCGAUUAGGGAGAAGAUGAAGCAUGUUUUAUAUUUUGUACUUGUUGGAAUCGAUGGAUCGUGUGAGAUGAGAAUCGACGCAAUAGAUGUUGAUGUGUGUAUAUGGUCCUUUUUGAAUGGUGGUUUUGAUACCGAAAAUUGGUUCCUUGUGUCAUUAUUAUUGUUGUCUUCAAAGAUUUUGAGGAUUUUUUUUAUUAUAUGAUAUUAUUUUCCUUUUGAACUA